CGAGUCCGCGCGGCCUCCGAGGAGGAGCGGGAGGCGGCGGAGGUCGUCGGGGGCGGCGGGCGGUGAGCGCGCUCCCGCUUCCCCGGCGGCGGCCGCAGGACAAUGGAGGUGGCUGUGGAGAAGGCGGCUGCGGCGGCGGCUCCGGCCGGGGGCCCCGCAGCGGCGGCGCCGAGCGGAGAGAACGAGGCCGAGAGCCGGCAGGGCCCGGACUCAGAGAGCGGCGGCGAGGCAGCCCGGCUCAACCUGUUGGACACUUGCGCCGUGUGCCACCAGAACAUCCAGAGCCGGGCGCCCAAGCUGCUGCCCUGCCUGCACUCGUUCUGCCAGCGCUGCCUGCCCGCGCCCCAGCGCUACCUCAUGCUGUCGGCGCCCGCGCCGGGCUCGGCAGAGACCCCUCCACCCGCGCCCGCCCCCGCCCCCGCCCCAGGCUCCCCGGCCGGUGGUCCUUCGCCAUUCGCUACCCAAGUUGGAGUCAUUCGAUGCCCCGUGUGCAGUCAAGAAUGUGCUGAAAGACACAUCAUAGACAACUUUUUUGUGAAGGACACCACUGAGGUUCCCAGUAGUACAGUAGAAAAGUCUAAUCAGGUAUGUACAAGCUGUGAAGACAAUGCAGAAGCCAAUGGGUUUUGUGUAGAAUGUGUUGAAUGGCUCUGCAAAACGUGUAUUAGAGCUCACCAGCGGGUGAAGUUCACCAAAGACCACACAGUCCGGCAGAAAGAAGAAGUAUCUCCAGAGGCAGUUGGUGUGACCAGUCAGCGACCAGUGUUCUGUCCAUUCCAUAAGAAGGAGCAGUUGAAACUUUACUGUGAAACAUGUGACAAGCUGACAUGUCGGGACUGCCAGCUGCUAGAACACAAAGAGCAUAGAUAUCAAUUUAUAGAAGAAGCUUUUCAGAAUCAAAAAGUGAUCAUAGAUACACUAAUCACCAAACUGAUGGAAAAGACAAAAUAUAUAAAGUAUACAGGAAAUCAGAUCCAAAACAGAAUAAUUGAAGUAAAUCAAAACCAAAAGCAGGUGGAACAGGAUAUUAAAGUUGCCAUCUUUACGUUGAUGGUGGAGAUAAACAAGAAAGGGAAAGCCCUGCUGCACCAGCUUGAGAGUCUUGCAAAGGACCAUAGAAUGAAACUUAUGCAACAACAGCAGGAAGUGGCUGGACUUUCCAAGCAGUUAGAGCACGUCAUGCAUUUUUCUAAAUGGGCUGUUUCCAGUGGCAGCAGUACAGCAUUGCUUUACAGCAAGCGACUGAUUACAUAUCGGUUACGGCACCUUCUUCGUGCAAGGUGUGAUGCUUCUCCUGUGACCAACAACACCAUCCAGUUUCACUGUGAUCCUAGUUUCUGGGCCCAAAAUAUUAUCAACUUGGGUUCUUUAGUAAUCGAAGAUAAAGAGAGCCAACCACAAAUACCUAAGCAGAAUCCUGUCGUGGAACAGAGUUCCCAGCCACCAGGUGGUUUACCUUCCAACCAGUUAUCCAAGUUCCCAACACAGAUCAGCCUAGCUCAGUUACGACUCCAGCAUAUGCAGCAACAGGUAAUGGCUCAGAGGCAACAGGUGCAACGGAGGCCAGCACCUGUGGGUUUACCAAACCCUAGGAUGCAAGGGCCCAUCCAGCAGCCUUCCAUCUCUCAUCAGCAUCCGCCGCCACGUUUAAUAAACUUUCAGAACCACAGUCCUAAACCCAAUGGACCAGUUCUUCCUCCUUAUCCUCAACAGCUGAGAUAUCCACCAAACCAGAAUGUGCCACGACAGAUAAUAAAACCCAACCCCCUUCAGAUGGCUUUUUUGGCUCAACAGGCCAUAAAACAGUGGCAGAUCAGCAGUGGACAGGCUCCGCCCACAACUGCCAGCAGCUCUUCCUCCACUCCUUCCAGUCCCACAAUCACAAGUGCAGCAGGAUACGAUGGAAAAGCUUAUAAUUCACCCAUGAUUGAUCUGAGCGCGCCAGUGGGAGGGUCUUACAACCUUCCAUCCCUUCCAGAUAUUGAUUGUUCAAGUACUAUCAUGUUGGACAAUAUUGCAAGGAAAGAUACAAGUGUAGAUCAUGGCCAGCCCAGACCUCCAUCAAACAGAACAGUGCAGUCACCAAAUUCAUCAGUGCCGUCUCCAGGCCUUGCAGGACCUGUUACUAUGACUAGUGUCCAUCCCCCAAUACGUUCACCUAGUGCCUCCAGCGUUGGGAGCCGAGGAAGCUCUGGCUCUUCCAGCAAACCAGCAGGAGCUGAUUCUACACACAAAGUCCCAGUAGUCAUGUUGGAGCCAAUCCGAAUAAAACAAGAAAACAGUGGACCACCUGAAAAUUAUGAUUUUCCUGUUGUGAUAGUAAAACAAGAAUCAGAUGAAGAAUCUAGAACUCAAAAUACUAACUAUCCAAGAAGUAUACUUACUUCCCUCCUCUUAAACAGCAAUCAGAGCUCUGCUUCUGAGGAAGCUAUGUUAAGAUCUGAUGCUCCUGAUAGCACAGGAGAUCAACCUGGACUUCAUCAGGAAAAUUCCUCAAAUGGAAAGCCUGAGUGCCUGGAUGCCUCCCAGAAGUCCCCUGUGCAUGUCGGGGAGACAAGGAAGGAGGAUGACCCCAAUGAAGACUGGUGUGCAGUUUGUCAAAAUGGAGGGGAACUCCUUUGCUGUGAAAAGUGUCCUAAAGUAUUCCACCUCACUUGUCACGUGCCCACAUUGACAAAUUUCCCGAGUGGAGAAUGGAUUUGUACUUUCUGCCGAGACUUAUCUAAGCCAGAAGUUGAAUAUGAUUGUGAUGUUCCCAGUCAUAACUCAGAAAAAAGGAAAACCGAAGGCCUUACUAAAUUAACACCAAUAGAUAAAAGGAAAUGUGAACGCCUGCUUCUGUUUCUUUACUGCCAUGAAAUGAGCCUGGCUUUCCAAGACCCUGUUCCUCUAACUGUGCCUGAUUAUUAUAAAAUAAUUAAAAACCCAAUGGACUUGUCAACCAUCAAGAAAAGACUUCAGGAGGAUUAUUGCAUGUAUACAAAGCCUGAAGAUUUUGUAGCUGAUUUUAGAUUGAUCUUUCAGAACUGUGCUGAAUUCAAUGAGCCUGAUUCGGAAGUAGCCAAUGCUGGUAUAAAACUUGAAAGCUAUUUUGAAGAACUUUUAAAGAAUCUUUAUCCAGAAAAAAGGUUUCCAAAACUAGAAUUCAGGAAUGAACCAGAAGAUAUUAAGUUCAGUGAUGACUCGGAUGAUGACUUUGUGCAGCCCCGGAAGAAGCGUCUCAAGAGCCUGGAGGACCGCCAGCUGCUUAAGUGAGCAGCUUCCGGCCAUACACUCUCUAAGAAAAUUUUCUUUCCAAAAUAAAAACAAAACUUUGUCAGUGAUUUAA